AGCACUUCCUGUGUGUUAGAGAGCUGACGACAACGGUUACACGAUUCAGAAUAGUGGAAUCUAAUUCAUAUCAGAUAUGGCUAAUGUAGUAUUUCUGCACCCUGACCUGGGUAUUGGUGGAGCUGAAAGAGCUAUGAUUGAUGCUGCUUUGGCUUUGAAAGGACGAGGACACAAUGUUCAAUUCUUAACGUCUCAUCACAGUACAACACAUUGUUUUGAGGAAACUAGAGACGGUACUCUAAAAGUUACUGUUUCAGGAAAUUGGUUACCAAGGUCUAUUUGCGGACUCUGCUAUGCUUUGUGUGCUUACUUGCGAAUGAUGUGGGCUGCUCUUUAUUUAAUUAUAUCUGGUAUAAAAUUUGAUGUUGUCAUUUGUGACCAAGUUGCUACCUGUGUUCCACUUUUAAGAUGGUUUACAAGAGCCAAAAUUAUAUUUUAUUGUCACUUCCCAGAUCUUUUGUUAACAGAAAGAAAGACUACUCUGAAACGUAUUUAUCGUAAGCCUCUUGAUUAUUUAGAAGAAUACGGAACUGGGAAAGCUCAUGUUAUCCUAGUCAAUUCUCAAUUUACAGCAGAAGUUUUUAAAAAGACAUUUACUUCAUUAAAUGAUGUAUCUCCUGAAGUUGUCUAUCCUAUUCCCUCCUUUGAGGCUUUUGCUACAGAUGUCAGUAAUGUACAAAUAGAGGAUAUUCCACAAAAUAUACGCAUUUUGUUUCUCUCCAUCAAUCGCUACGAAAGAAAGAAAAAUCUAUCACUGGCAUUACAUGCCAUGUCCAAAUUAGAAAAUCUAGAUGGGGUUCACUUAGUCAUGGCUGGUGGUUAUGAUGAUCGAGUAAGAGAAAAUGUCGAGUAUUAUGAAGAAUUGUGGAGAUUGAGAGAAAAACUGUCUUUAAAAGACCAUGUCACUUUUUUGCGUUCAAUAUCAUUUGAACAAAAAUCUGCUCUACUGCGAAAGGCAACUUGCUUAAUAUAUACACCGUCGAAUGAACAUUUUGGGAUUACUCCUUUGGAAGCAAUGCUCUGUCAGACACCAGUUAUAGCUGUUGCUUCUGGGGGACCUUUGGAAACUAUUUCUCACAAUGAAACGGGAUACUUAUCGAAGGAAGAACCCAAUGAAUUUGCUAAGUAUAUGAAAAAAUUUGCAGAAAACCCUAAACUGGAAAAAACCAUGGGAGAAGCUGGCGAAAGGCGAGUUAAGAGAAAAUUUUCGUUUGAAGCAUACUCAAAUCAAUUGGAGCAUAUAGUUCAUGAUCUUUUAAGAUAAACUGAUAAACAUUUAUUCCAAAAAUUAUGUAACAUUCAGAGAAUAUAUUAGUGUCAAAAAUUAUAAAUCAAAUCAGCUGAAGGUUGCGCCGCAAUUUUCGCAUCUCUUUUCCCUGCAUAAGAUGCAGCAAAGCAAUCCAAUCGGAAAUAAAAAAAGUGCACAUAAUAUCCCAAGACAAGUAAAUUCGUCACUUAGGACCCCAACCUAUUAAAAAAUAUUCUUUAUUAUGUUUAACAUAAUUUCAAAAACUUACUCUGCAAGCAGGACAUCCUCCAACAAUAACUAUGUUUGGAGCAGGUUGUUGGAUUACAGUGGUUGUGGUGGGAGGAUACAUGUAAGAGGGCUGCUGUUGAGCUGUUCCAUUGAAUCCUGGGGGCCCGGAGUAUGGUCCUAUUUCAAGAAUCAUUUAAACAUUUUAAAAAAUGUCAAAUCUAAUUUUACCAGUUGCAGUGGCAUAUGAAGGUGGCUUAUCGUUUAUCAAUGGUCUGUUUUCUGCCAUUUUUCUGUUUCAAUGUUUUCUGAUCGGUAAAUAAAAUUUCAAGAACUUGAUUGAGACGGUGAAGCGGUUUAGGAACUUGUUCGCAGUAUUUGCGUCGAAAUAACUAUAAUCGUCUAACCAUAUACUCUCGUAUCAGAAGUUCUUCGCGAUCAAAACUCGAAUCAUGUGACAAUGAUAAACUUCCGUCGUGCGCAAAAAAAUAAUCUAGUUUAUUUUAUAAAAAUUAAAAUUAGACUGCGAUCCUUUAA